AUGAGAAAUGAAAAGAUGUUUACUUUCCAAACGACGGACAGCACUUUUGCAAAUAAAAAGGCGAAUACCAUAAAUGUUGAACUAGUUCCCAAAAAUCGGAUUCCUAUCUCUCAACUACAAAUCGGACAAGUUCAUGUUGACAAGUUUUUGUUGUGCCGUGUAAUCACGAAAUGUGCAAAAUCUACAGCGCUUGCCAUGGUUAUUGAAGAUCCGGCGAACAAAAUCUCUCCUAAAGGAUUGUCAGUAGAACAAGCCUCUCGAUUUCUCCCAAUCGGCACCAUCCUUGCAAUUCAAAAUCCAUACUAUAAAACUGGCUCCCAAGAUGCACAAACUAUGCUUCGAUCUGAUAAUCCAAACGAAGUCGUGAUUAUAAAACCGGACGAUAAAUUGCUUGCCCAAGUAAGAUGGAAAACAAGUAUUGGGUUAUCCAAGACUAUAGAGACUGAAACAUUAAAAGUUUCAUCGGCUGAUGAUUUUCGUGUACGCGGAAACGAAUACUUUGGGAAGAAAGGUUUUACAUCGGCUGUUGACGAGUAUUCGCGCGGAAUUGAAUUGGAUUCGCGAAAUGUGGUGCUUUAUAUUAAUAGAUCGGAGGCUCAUUUGCGUUUAAGUCAAUUCAAAAGAGCGUUCGAUGAUGCGGAAACAGCUUUAAAGAUUGAUCACAAAUACCAAAAAGCUGCAAUUCGUAAGGAGAUUGAAGAAUAUCAAAAUCAAGCUCAAGAGUUGCAUUCUGAAAAUAAACAUGGGAAUUAUAACUACAUUAAAAUUAUUAAUGAAUUCCUAAAGAAAAUCGAGACCCGUAAAAGCAGCAUUGAUGCUAAGGAAUGGAUUCAUCCAGGAGGGCCGAGAUUGGAUUAUGCAGAUUAUAUAAAUGACGCGAUCGAGAUCAAACAAGUCGGCGAAAAGGGUCGUGCUUGGGCUGAACCAAAACUUGCUCAAGAAAUCUAUGAUCUCUACGCAGGGCCAGAAACGAUUGCCAGCAAGAAUCUUGAUGAAAAUUCUUUGAAGAGUCCAGAAAUUCUAUGGGGCAUUUUUGUUCAAGAAACAACAGAUCGAGAUUUUGGACCUGGCGAUUUGAUGUUUGUGCGCGCUCAACGCCCAAUUAAAAAAGGAGAAGAAUUAACUUUAGCUUAUACGAAUCCGCGAGCUGAAUCAAACAAAAUAAAACAACUACGCGUAAAGAUUCACGAAUGCUAUGAUUCUGAUGUCACCUCUGACAUUUCACAAUUUGCAGGAGUUUAG